AUGAUAAUCGAGUCACCCAAGUCACUUUAUUCCAGUUGUCGGUUUAGGAAGCCUUCCAAGGAUGUUGAACUGGAUCCGAUGGGAUCACAGCGAGUCUACAAGAAGACUUCCUCCAAUCAGUUGCUGACCCUGUAUCUCGGAAGCCGGGAGCUGGUGGCCCGGAAGGGAGUCAUCGAACCCCUGCGAGGAGUGCUGUACAUCGAUCCGAAAGUCAUUGGCGAUGCCAAAAUCUACGGACAGCUGACGUUGACCUUUCGCUAUGGUCGCGAGGACGAGGAAGUUAUGGGUCUAAAGUUUUGCAAUGAAGCCGUCAUCGCCUUACAGCAAAUUUGGCCUAGAAGUGGCGGUGGCGACCAUCAUCAGAGACCGGAAGUGCUAACGCCAUUGCAGCUUACUUACUCAAUGAACCCGCGCCGAUCCUCCGGUGCAUAG